UCAACCACCGUGACUAUGGUCAUCGCGAAAAAAUUAUUUUUAAAUAACAAAUUAGGCAGCAGUUAAUUGAUCAACACUGUACGCUUAAAGUAAACGGCCAGCAUACGUAGUACAAAAAUGCUGACUAAUGUGUGUCGAGUUUUCCUUUUUGUUUGCUAUUGAAAAUUGAUUUUUCUCAAUGAAAAUCUGUAUGCAGUGCGGUGGAAACAAAGAAAUUGAUUUUAUUGUUGUUUGCGAUAGAAUGUUGGCGUUGUUGUGUAAAUUGCCAUCGUCACAUGCAAUUGAAUCCAGUUUUGUACUGGCGUAGCCAAGUGUCAUGGGUUCUUGUUUCGGACGAUGCCUCAUUGGCAGAAAUCGGUCUUCCAUUCAAGAUGACUUGAAUAAGAAUCUCGUCGAGGACAAUAAUGCAGUGGACAGUAGUAGCAUCAUUUUUCGCAUAAUGAAAACAAAAGAGAAACGACACUCCAAGUUUAUCGAACGCUUCUGGUCGCAUAAAGAAAUGUCGUACUCAAGACUGAACAAACCAAUCCAGAAAUCGGUUGAUAUUCCACUGCAAAGCCUAGAUGCACAUUCGUUGCUAAUCACCAAUCACGACAGAAUUUUUCGUUCCGAACAUACCGGCAUGAAUUCAUCGCCAGCCAGCUCAUCGUUAGACUUAGAAUGGGAACAUGAAUACGAAAAUGCGCAAAACUAUUCAUGGCUUGUGCUUCCAGAAGAAUCAACCAUUGACGACAUGUCCAGCGACGACGACGACGAUGAUGAUUCUUCGUUGGAACUGAAAAAUACCUCAAACAAAAAACCGCUGAAUCAACUCGAAUGCCGUCGAAUCUACGCGAACAAAUGUGAAAAGCCAGCGUCGAGGACCAGCUGGUCGCAUAUAUCGACACCGGAAUCGUUGGAAUGGGACGUUAACGAGGACGAGCAUAAAUUUAAAUCGGAAGAGGAUUUGUUGGACAACGAAACGAUUGAAUUGUUGCAGGAAAUUGAAUGGCUCAAAAAUCGUGCAUUGAACGAGACUGGUGAGAAUCUACGAGAUUCGGUUACUACCGAAACGGAAAGCUGACUAUAGUACAUGCAAUUGAAGCGAAUACACGAACAGCAAAAUCUACAGCAAUAAAAAUCAAAAUAAAAAAGAAAUGCGCAGAGCGUGUGGGUUAAAACGUAACUAAACAGAGAUUCGGAAGUGCCUGGUAUGUCAUAAUGAAAUUAUGACAUGCAUUUGUUCCAAAGAUGUUACACGCAAGAACAUAUGAAUUUUAAAUUAUAUAUCGAUGUGUUAGGAUACGUUAGGAGCGGAUGAUGAUUUUUUUGUUAAAACAACGUAGACGUACGCAAUUUAACCGAACCAAUUUACUUCUUUGUUUUGAACCAUUGCCUUAAUUAACUUUCCAAUGGCAGUUCAUUAUUUAACGUUGUCUUUUAAAGUCAGUUGGAAGUUAGUAUCUGUCGCUUUCCAUCAGUACACAUCGGUCCUAGAGAAGAACAUCAAUCUGUAAACAGCCUGAUGGGAUCUGAUCUUGAAGUUGACUUUUAUGGAGUUUGAACUUUACGUUCAGUACUGUGCAUAAGACUAAAGAUAAGGAGAUUGACAGUAGGAUUGAAUACUGCGAAAGUAAUUCAGUACAUGACGUAACAAUUUUGUGAUAAAAUUGAACUCACUCGUGUUUGUUUGAGCAACUAGCUUCGGUAAGUGGCUUUUCGUCAUGUGUUAAAGGCAAGGUAUAAAACUAAACUUGUGAAAAAACAAUUGUUGAAGCUUGUUGCUCGAAAACACACACGAGUGAGUUUGCGAGUAUCAAAAAUUUGUUUCCGAAAUAAUACAGUACAUAGCAGCAUCGAAUGUAUUCUGGUUCACUACCUGCCCCAUUCGAAAGUCGAUUUUUACUUAGGAAAAU